UACUACACCACCAUGGCACCGGAGUACUACACGACUACGUAUGCUGCCCCAGCUUACUACACCGAGUCUCCCAAGUACUAUACCACCAAGGCACCGGAGUACUACACCACUAAAUACUACACCGAGACUCCAACUUAUUACACUCAAGCGGCCCAGUACUACACCGUAGCACCUAAUUACCUAACUACAAUCUAUGCUGCUUCAAGUUACUACACCGAAGAACCCAAGUAUUACUCUGCCCCGAGCUAUACCACGAAAGCGCCUGAGUACUACACGUCUACGUAUGCUGCCCCAACUUACUACACUGAGACUUCUAAUUACUACACCACCAAGGCACCGGAGUACUACACGACUACGUAUGCUGCCCCAGCUUACUACACCGAGGCCCCAACUUACUUCACCACCAAAGCAGCUGAAUAUUACACCGAGACUCCAGUUUACUACACUACAACCUACGCUGCUCCUAGUUACUACACCGAAGCGCCCAAGUACUACUCUGCCCCGAGCUACACAGCCACAUUUGAGGCGGCCAAGUAUUCCGUAGCCCCAACUUACUACACAGCGGCUGCUCCUUCGUACUACGUUGAGCCGAAAUACUACACCGGGGUUCCAGUUUACUACACUACCACGUACGCUGCCCCAGUUUACUUCACCGAGGAACCCAAAUAUUACUCUGCUCCAAGCUACUACCAAACAGAGGCACCUGUUUACUACACCACCAAGGCAACCGAGUAUUACACUACAACCUACGUUGCCCCCAGCUACUUCACUGACGCACCCAAGUACUACACUACCAAGGCACCUGAGUAUUACACCACUAGUUAUGCUGCACCGACCUACUACACCGAAGCUCCGAAGUACUACUCUGCCUCGAGUUACUACACCACUAAGGCUCCUGAAUAUUACACCACAACCUACGCUUCUCCAGCUUACUACAGGGAGGCUCCUAAAUACUAGAGCCGAAAUUCCAGUUUUAUUUAUUUGUGUUCAGAUUUGUCGGUCAUAUCUUAAUAGUUACUAGUCACUGGGAAUUGAUUGUUGAUCUAUAAUGAGAGAAUAAAUUUUUUUAUGCGGGUAA